CAGUUCCAUCGCCAAUAGCACGACAUUACCAGCGUUAUCGCUUCCUUAGCCAUGUCAAGCUAAAGCUUAUCUUGAUAGGCAAUAGGCUACGGCUACGGUAAGCAGAGGUCCAAUCGAAGUUUAUUCAGUGUCUAUUCGUCACGAACAAGCACGUAUCGUUCGCUAAGCUCACCCACGCUUCCAUCAGAAACAAAGGCAUCUACAAUAACCGUGACUCAUUAAUCAGCACAUAGGAAAAUGUGUCGUUCACUUAUUGGAUUGAUUCUAGUUUUCGGCUUAACCGAUGCAGCCGUUAACGAGUUUGUGACGUGCGAUUUCGAUUUGGGAUCUGAGGUGGAACCAAGACUGCCGGUAGAGUGCCGAAACUUGGAUGAGCCGACACGGGCAGCCCUGUUGCAGGAAGCUGAAAGCUUCAAGGUCUUCAACGAAAAGUUAACGGAAUAUGAGAGCAGUCAAGGCUUGGAUACGGAGGAAGUGCUGUACAAGGAUUGGGAAUUUAGAGCGGAGCUGUACGGUAAUGCGGAGCUGAAUUUGUGCCAAAAUACAACGGAAAUUUUGGUGGAAUAUCUUGAUUGUCUGGUGGAGAAACGAGCACAGAUGGUGCUUGAAAUUGAGGAGAAGAUAGCGAAUGGAAGCUAGGAGGGAUUUCUCAUGUGAAUAAUGUCAAGUUCGUAUUGUGAAUAAUAACACAAUUGUAUUAUAUAAAAUAUACAAACCUACUCAACGUCA